ACGCACCGCAAUAAUUUCCCGCCAAAUACACACAGACCUCCUUUUCCCGCCAUUUCCUUCGUUCUUCGCUCUACACUCUCUCUCACUCUCAGACCUCUCUCUCUCCAAAAUUAUCGAUCUCGCAGCGGCCGCCAUAACAAUUAUCAUUGUCUCUAUUGGAAUUUGAAUCACUCUUUAUAGGUUUAGAGUCACUGAUCUGAAACAAUGACGAGGGAAGAAGUUGAAGCUGUAGUGGACGCAAUGGAGAUUGAUGGAGUUGAACAAAGGGAAGGGAAUGCGGUUCCUGAGGGAUUUAAUGCUAAUUAUCUCAAAGUUUAUUAUGGGAAGCUAUUUCCUCAUGCUGAUAUGUUCAAAUGGAUGUCAUACGGAAAUGAUGGGAAACAUCUUGGGUGUGACCACUCCUAUUUUGGUCGAAGGGAAUUUUCCUUCACUCUGGAUAAUGAUAUUUAUUUGCGGUUCCAGUCCUUUAACAGUGUGUCAGAACUCGAAAACUCUAUCAGAGAAAAAUGUCCAGUUAAAAUAGACAUUGGACCUGUUUACAGCGUAGAUCCUGCAAAGAGACGUGCAUAUGCACAAACUGGUGAUAAUGUUUUCACUCCUGUGGAAAGGGAGCUUAUAUUUGAUAUAGAUAUUACAGAUUAUGAUGAUGUUAGAUACUGCUGCUCAGGGGCUGAUGUUUGCUUGGACUGCUGGCCACUGAUGACAGUUGCUAUCAAAGUUAUUGAUACUGCUCUCAGAGAUGACUUUGGUUUCAAUCACAUUCUUUGGGUAUUUAGUGGACGACGUGGUGUUCAUUGCUGGGUUUGUGAUGAGAAGGCAAGAAGGUUGACCAAUGAACAGAGAGCAGCUAUUGCCGACUAUUUUCGUGUCUACAAGGGAAAUGAGAAUAGUCAAAAAAAGGUAUCAUUAAUUGGUCCAGCUCUUCAUCCAUUCCUUGCGAGGUCAUAUACUGAGGUUCUUAGAAACUUUUUUGAGACAAAACUUCUCUCAAGUCAAAAUUUAUUUUCGUCUGAGGAGAGAUAUGAAAAGAUUUUGGAUUUGAUUCCGGAUGAAUCUGUUGCUUCUGAGCUUCGUGGGAAGUGGCAAGAUAAUAGGCGCUCUUCUAAUUCAAAAGAUGACAUUAGUGUUACUAGAUGGGAACAGCUGAAACAUCUUCUGCAAUCAGGAAACAAGAAGGCACAAGGACUGCGUAGAUGCGUUGAAGAGAUUGUAUUUUCUUAUACCUAUCCUCGACUUGAUAUGGAGGUUUCCAAACACAUGAAUCAUUUGCUAAAAGCUCCCUUCUGUGUACAUCCAAAAACAGGUCGUGUUUGUGUUCCAAUUGAUCCAAGCCAAUGUGAGGAAUUUGAUCCUACCACAGUACCAACUCUUUCCCAGCUUUUGGAAGAACUUAACAUUGGAGGGAUAAAAGCAGAUGCUGAUAACGAUUGGGAUAGGACUUCACUUGGAAAAUCAAUCAGAUUUUUCAGAACUUCAUUCCUCCAGCCUCUACUAAAAUCCUGCAAGGAGGAUAUCGAAAAUUCAUACAGCGCAAAACUUCAGCAUUCAAAAAACUCGAUUAGUUGGUAGCACCUUCCUAAUUAUUUUAACAUGAUGCUCUCCGUUUCUCGGAGGCCAUAGGCACUUUUGUUGUAAUUUUAUUUCAAGAGACUUGUCUUUCGUUUCAGUGACUAAUUAUUGUAUAUUCCCCACACCACUCUUUCCAAUUCAUAUACUAUGGUAUAUUCUGCUUUCAAGAGAUGUAAUGGCAUAAAAUUAUAAUGCUUAAACAACCCAUGU